AUGAAACAUGAAACAAUUUUACAAAUGGACGAUAGUCAAUCUGAUAUUGCAAAAUCACUUCAUCAAUUAUCAAAAGAUAAAGAAAAAAUUGAUGGUCAGUGGUUUGGAUUUUGUUCAAUGCAAGGAUAUCGCCCAUCAAUGGAAGAUUUUCAUCAACAUUUAAAACAUUUAGAUGAUCAUUAUUUAGAAUUUCGCCGUGCAAUUAAAAAUGCUUUUAUUAAACUUGAUAAAAAUUUAAGAAAAAAUGAUUAUGAUAAUUGUGGUUCUGUAUGUAUUGCUUGUUUAAUUGGUCCAAAACAAAUCUAUUUAAUAAAUGUCGGUGAUGCUCAAGCUAUAAUUAUUUCAGAUAAUGGAGAAAUAUUAGCAUCUACUCAUGGUAAUUAUUUAUUAUUUAUUUAUUUGAUUUAUUUUAGUUUUCAUGAAUCAUUAGACCAUACGCUAGAUGAUCCAAAUGAAGAAGAACGUAUUCAAGAAGCAGGUGGUAAAAUAACACGAAAAUCACCAAAAGAUAUUUUACGUGUUGAACAACGUCUUGCAAUGACAAGAGUUAUAGAAGAUUUUACUAUUGAUAAAAAUAUAGUAUCACCUAUUCCUGAUAUUAUUAUUUAUUCUCGAAAACCAUCUGCAGCAUUUAUUAUUCUUGCAUCAGAUGGUAUUUGGCAUGUUAUGUCGAAUGAACAAGCUGCUUCAUUUGUAAUUCAACGAAUAUCGACAACAGACUUACAUGAGAUGGCAUCACAAUUGUUAGAUCAUUGUUUAGAAAAACGAAGUCGUGAUAAUAUGAGUGUAUAUAUCAUUCAAGUUUAA